UUUUUCACAAAAAAAAAAUAUACCAUAUUGUCAAUGUGGUAACUAAUUUGUGGAUUUGUUUGUUAUUUACAAUUUAAUCAUUUAUUACGCUUUUCGUUGGUGAAAGUCAUUUGCAUUAAAGAAAAAAAGUACAUUCCUCAAUAUUUAAGUAGAACCGCUAAAAAUAUAUAUAUUUUUACCCUAAUUACGUCCGUUUUCUUGGAGAGCCUGAAGUUGAUCGGAUUAGUGCACGAUGGAAGCGAUGGAUAUUCAGGCUGUAGAAUCGAAAUUAAGUGACGUGACUGUCACGGCCAUCCCCAUGAGCGGCAAGAACAUGCACAAAGAGCUGAGCCACAGCAGUAACAGCCAAGCAACCAUAUCAACCGUGCCCGCGACUUCUCCGUCUUCUAUCGGCAAGGAUAAAGACAACGGCAUGUCGAAUAUGGCGGUUUGGCAGAAUAAGUGGCGCUGGGACACGGGAUACAGCGCCGACUCUGUAGAGUGGUGUCCCGUAGAACCAUACCAAGACGUGCUCGUCUGCGGAACUUACCAGUUAGACAAUACAGCUGAAGGGAACACAGCAUCGAAACAAACGAGAUUAGGAAAAAUAUAUUUAUUUGUUGUAAACGAGAACACUGCAGAGUUGGCCCCUGUUCAUUCUAUUGACACCUCAGGAAUAUUAGACCAGAAAUGGUGCUACCACAAGUUGCAAAACCGCCCCACACUUGCUGUCGUAACAUCCGUUGGUACUCUGCAACUUUACCAGUUGACCAAUGAAGACGGAGUAUUACAGUUGGCGUUAUGGAUAGAGCACACGAUUUGUGAGAAUGGGUUAGCUCUCUCCGUUGAUUGGUCGACUAAUAAAACGCAUUCAGACGAUCCUUACCUGGCAGUCAGUGAUUCUGCCGGUUGUAUCCACAUUUUAAAAAUAGUAGAAAAUUGUGUUAAAGUGGUGUGCAAAUGGGAGAGCCAUAGUUUUGAGGCGUGGAUCACAGCGUUUAAUUACUGGAACUCUGACGUCUUUUAUUCAGGGGGCGAUGACUGUGUAUUCAAGAGUUAUGACGUCAGAGUCCCUGAUGUUUCCACGACUGUGAACAAGAAGCACGAGGCGGGCGUCACCUCGAUAAGGAGCCAUAUUGACAAGGAGCAUCAGUUACUGACUGGCAGUUACGAUGAAAAGGUUCGUCUCUGGGACACGAGAAGUUUAAAAUGUAGCGUUCGAGAGCUGGAUGUCAACGGCGGCGUAUGGCGAUUAAAAUGGCACCCGAGCAAGCCAUGCACUGUUCUGGCAGCCUGUAUGUACGGCGGGUUCCGAAUACUACGCGUCAAUGACGAAAUGGAGAUCCUUAGCGAGUAUUUAGAGCACGAGAGUAUCGCAUACGGAGCUGAUUGGAAGUGCAAUAGUGACCUUGUAGCUACUUGCUCCUUUUACGACUGUAAAAUGCAUAUCAGCCAAAUUUUAAUUUAGUUCAUGUUUGUUUGUGUCAUGAGUCAUCACUAGCAGGAAUUUUGCAUUGAUUCCCGAAACGGGUUAAGGCGGCGUAUGCAUAGUUCUGAUUAAUGUUACCAGAAAAAUAAAUAUUCUCUGAUUCCAAAAUAUUAUAUGAUUUGUUUUUUGCUAUACAUAAUAUAUUUGCUGGAUUAAAAAAUUGCUAUCAAUCAAUGAAAUAAAAAGCAACACAUUCAAGUAAA